AUGUCUCGCCUGUUGGCACUACAUGUGUUUGUUAACUACAAAAACCCCGCUACAUACGAUAUCCACUCCCACUCCUACACAGAUACUAUGGCUUCUGAUGAAGUAAACACCGUGGAGUUGUCCCUUCAGGGAACUCCAACAAAAACUGUUACACUGGCACCAGAGCGGGCUACAGUUAUUCGUGAACUGGCUGAUGUGCCGAUCAAGGCUGGUCCAAAUGAAAUCACCAUUUGUGGUUUUGAUCCAAGAAUCGACUUUGACUCACUUCGUGUCACUGGCCAUGGGCCAGCCACUAUCACUGAUAUCCAAACUCUGGUAGUUUAUCGUGAUGAGGAAUUUAAUGACCUUUAUCCAUCUGAAGAGGAGAGCGAGGACGAUGACACCGACUCGGAAGACCCGGAUGACGACUUCGGAGUCGAUAGGUCAGAGCUAGACAAAGUCAUAGAAGAGAUAAAGCGGAUAAAUACCAGACUUGCUUUCCUCGAAAAUGACAAAACCUCGUCUACACAGUCUCUCUCUUUUCUUGAUACCUAUGGCAAGAGCAUGUUGGCAAAGGAUGUUGAGGUGGACAAGGUAUCGGAAUAUAUAGGCGUCUACCAGAAGCAACGGGCAAGCCUACGGGAAUUAUAUGAGAAAUCAGAGACAGAAACCGUUGAGUUAAAUGAGAAGAAGGAAAAGUUAGAGCGAAAGAAACAACGGCUUGAGGAUAAUUUCCACAGGGAAAGAGCUCGUGCCGCAAAGCCAUCACGCAAGGAGAGAGAGGCAAAGCGAAAAGAAAGAGACCUAAGACGGAAGAAAGAGAGAGAAGUACUCGGGGAAAUCCGUAUGUUUUGGUCGCCCCGUAUUGGCCGUGUUGUUCUUCACGUUGAAGGGCAUGGAGAUGGGACUACACCUACAAGCAGACGAGGAUCCGUUGUUUCAGCCAAGAAGCCGGAUUUUGAUGAUACCAUUACUCUAUCAUUGACCUAUGUGACGAGUUUUGCCCGCUGGACCCCACGCUAUGACCUGAUGCUAAAUACACCAACAUCUUCUGGGAAACUGGUCUAUAGAGCGGAAUAUUAUAACCGGAGCUUUGAGACUUGGAAGGAUACAACCAUCAUUCUCUCUACAUCUCAGACCAGUUUCUCGGGAGUUGAUGAGCACAUUCCUUCUCUCCUGCCAUGGAACGUUGGACUAAGGAAACAUGAUGUGAUGGAACUAGAGGUCGCGACUGACACGUUGGCACCAAAGCGGAUGAGCCACUGGAGUGGUGCGCUUACAGCCAGUGCCGAAACCCAAAAGAAAUCAAGCAGGCACACCAGGCACAACUUGGAAGGGCCGGCAAAUGAACCGACAGUAAGAUAUAUGAAAGCAAGUCGCGACACCACUUCACAGCCGUUUCCACCACCACCACCUCCUCCACGUAUGCCCGCGGGAGGACUAUUUGGCUCCGCUCCUGUGGCACCUGCUUCUUCUUCAUACCAAAAUGAAUACCAACGACCAAUGGCGCAGCAAAUGCUAAAUCAGACAGUCCUUUUUGGAGGAUCAGCCGGAGGCCGUGAUCAACCGGAUGACAUGGCUCAGUGUGCUGCGAUGGCACCUUACCUUGAUGAAAGCGACGACGAGGACAAUGAUGACGAUCAACUGGAUGACGAUGCAUCGACUAUCCAUGGCUCGUCAAACGUGCUUGCGUUUAGGCAAUCGUCUCGCCAAGACUAUGGGCUUACUACCACAUAUAAUGUGCCCGGAUCGCGUACCCUACAGCCAUCCUCAUAUGUCAGACGCCAUAUCAUCGCAGAAAUCGAACUGUCCUCUGUCACAUUCUCGCAUGUGAUUAUACCAAAGCUAAAGCAGGCAGCAUUCCUCAAAGGGAGAGUUACCAAUACGUCAACUACUCCUCUCCUUCGUGGCAAAGCUGGUCUAACCGUCGACGAUGCGUUCCUGGGCAAGGCAACUAUCCCAAAUUGCAACCCAGGCGUCCCUUUCAACCUUAACCUCGGAGUUGAUCCAGCCAUCCAGGUGACAUACUCAAAGCCCAAGGUCAGACGUGCAACAACUGGCUAUUUUAACAAGGAAGACUGUGCAAUCUUCACUCGCGUGUGCCGAAUCAACAAUACCAAGUCUUCACCGGUAUCGUUGGUAGUCCUCGACCAAGUACCAGUGAGUGAAGAUGAAAGGAUCCGAGUCCGUCUGAUUGAACCAAAGGGGCUCGAUAGGGGAGAUUCCGCUAAGAUAGGAGCGGAGGUCUGCAUCGAUCGCAAGAGGGCCAAGGACUGGGGUAAAGGCAGUGUCUCCAUCAACAAGGACGGCGAGUCAAAUGGGCGAUUCUCCUGGAGAAGCAGUUGA